CAAUAACAAAUAUAGACCAGUAUCCUAGCGAUGUUACAACCAACACAAAUAAUCAUCAUAAUUCCACAUUGCCUAUGAAUAUAGAUAGAAAAAGAACUAUAAAUUCACAUUCGCAAACGCCAGCAUGUUCAGAGAAUCAAAAUACUUCACAAUCUUGUUCACCACUUUUAAAUGAUCAGAGUGGAGAAAACCUUGUAGCAAUUAGUAUUGAAUUACAAGAGUUAUAUAAAUGUUAUAAUUUGAUUAAAGAAGACAAUAAAAAUUUACGGGAGAGGUUAAAGGAAUCUGAAGAAACUGUUAAUGCGUAUGGAAAUGCUAGUAUCAAAAAAGAUGAAAUUCUUAAAAAUAAAAAUUAUAAACUUCUUGAAAUUCAAAAGAAAUUGUUUAAGCAAAGUUUCGAUUAUGAACUCAAAUUAAAAGAACUUAAUCCCUAUAAAUCAAGAGUUGAAGAAAAAUUACGUAUUGUUAAUGAGUUAUAA